AUGGCGGUCGCCUCGUCUCUUCCUUCGAUAUCCAAGACCAUCCGCUUACCUCUCCUCGCCGGGGAGAGGGCGGCGCACUUUAUUUACACUCUCUACCUGUUCAACAAGACUGACAUCUCUACGACGGUCCUUCCUAUGCUCACGUUCGGCUACGCCUUAGCUGGACCUCGCAGCGUUGCGGCUUUCUUCAGAGGCUUCCUUUGGAUGGAGCUGCACCUCAUCGCGUUCGAGAUCAAGAAUCAGACAGUCGGCCUCGAAGAAGACCGGAUUUCCAAGCCUUUUCGCCCGAUCGUCUCUGGACGCAUCUCCCUCGAAGCCGCACAUCGUCUGCACGUCACGCUGGUAGUCCUCUCGCUCAUCAUGAGCGCCAUAUACGGGGGCCUCACGCCAAGUAUCAUCCACCUCAUCGCCAUCUCGUCGUACAACCAGGGCGGAUUGGCCCGCUUCUGGGCUCUCAAGUCGCCCGUCGGCGCGCUGGGGUAUACGUGCCUUUGCUGGGGAGUGACUUUGAUGUUCGAGGACGGACAUGCGCUGUCCCCAACCGCACAGCUAGCGUUUCUCCUUCAAUUCUCGAUUUUCUCGACCACCGGACACACACAGGACUUCCGCGAUCGCGCAGGCGAUGCGGCCAUUGGGCGGAAGACCCUGGCCAUCGUCCUCCCUCAAACCCUCGCCCGCUGGUCUCUCCUCUGCUUGCUCUUCUCCUGGAGCACGGCGCUCGUGUACAUUUGGCAGCCUCCAGCGUACGUCACUCUCGUCUACUACGCCCUCGCUGCUCGCACGGCCUAUCACCUGACCACGGACGAAUCGCACGAGGGCGACGAGGCGUCCUACUUUUGGUAUAAUCUCUGGUUUUCUGGGUGUCAGCUUCUGCCCGUGUUCGUCAGGAUCUAG